AUGGGAGCUAGCAUCAACCUCAUGACCCUAACCUUGAUGAGGAGGAUGAAGAUUGAGGAAGCCAAGCCACCCAGAAUGGCACUCCAAUUGGCUGACAGAACAUUCAAAUUUUCACAUGGGGUAGUGGAGGACUUGCUGGUAAAGGUAGCAGAAUUCAUUUUCCCAGCUAACUUUGUUGUGCUAGACAUGGAAGAGGAGGCGAACACCUCAAUCAUCCUAGGAAGACCAUUCCUAGCCACUGCUGGAGCUAUCAUUGAUGUGCAAAAAGGGGAACUAGUAUUGAGACUGUAUGAAGGAAAGAUGGUCUUCAAUGUCUUUAAGGCAAUGAGCUACCCCAAGAAACUCAUAGGAGAAUGCAUGAUGGUGGACACUAUAGAAUAG